ACUGUGUAUCACUCCGAGGAAUCCAUGGAGGAAUGCAUAUCUAGCCUAAAAGGAGAUACAGAAGACCUGUCCAAGCUUUUGGAUGCCGUUGUUUCUCAGAUUGACGUCCUUGCCGCCUCCAAAUCAUAUUAUUUGUUUAUGACUAUGCUGUCAAUACACAGGACAAUUUGCAUGGUGAGAUCAACAAUAUUGAGGAGGAGGCAUCCUCUAGAAGUCUUAAAUCCACAGCCUUUGACAAACUAUGUACUGAGGAGUUUCAAACUAAAGCCUCACAUAUGGCUGGUGGGAUCCUUCAAUCAGGGUUAAUUGGCAUUGUAAAUACCAACCUUGAUGGUAGAAGUGUAGAGUCCAGUAAUGAAAGUGAUGUCAAAAUCCUUCAGAAGAGUGGAACUCCAUCUUUGUUCACCUCUUCUCUGCACACCAAUUCUGCAGCAUCCAACAUUGUCAUAAGCAUCACUAAAGACCUUAAUAGCUUCACCCAGAUGACUAAAAUGUCUGAUGCUUCAGUGUCUGGCCAGUUAGAGAGAUCCCUGUCAGCUUCAACCCUUCCUGUCAGUGUUCACAACGGGGCCAAUGUGAAAGGAAAGAUAAUUUGGCCAGGCACUGUUAACCUGUUCAACAAUGUGUUCACCAAGGUCAAGGAUUUUUUUGCCCAGCAACAACCGGUCCUCCUAGACAAUGUGGUUGAGGCCCCCAAACAUGCCGAAUCCAUAUGCAGAACAGCUACUUCUACACAAAUGACUUACAGUGAACAUGAAGGCAGCCAGACCAGCAUGGUAAAUUAUUCCAAAACCUUAAUUAGUCAGACUCUGAUGACAAUCCAGAGCAGAGUGUCUAUGUCAGAGAGGAUGAGCACCUCAGAGAAAGGCCUCUUGACUUGUUCCAUCGUGGGCUCCAUGUUGGAGGAUGUUGACAUGGUGAGAACUGAUGGAAAUGAGAUACACCGGCCAUCCUCCUCAAAGUCCUCCCUGUCCAUCACCUCUGCCAUGACCAGAGGGUCCCAGAGUGAUUUUACAAAUUCUCUUCCAGGCACUCCAGUCCCCAAUGAGUGGCCUGUUGAAAUCUAUUGUCCUAUCAUUAGGAGUUCGGUCAUUGAUAUGAGUGACUCCUCAACUCAUUCACAAGGGUCAACAAAUUACACAAGGCAAACCAUUUCUGCCAUAGUUAACACUGUUAUGGAGGUCAUUCCAAGAAAAGAUACGGAACACAUAGCAACUGCAGAUGAUGUCACUUCUUUUACAAGAAGACUUGCGAGACUCAGCCCCAGGGACGGUCUUCAGAACUUCUCACAUGAGCUCACUGACAAAGUUUAUGAGCUCAUAAAAAGUCACAACACCCCCCAGGCUCUUUUUGUGCCAGCUGGCAAGAGCGUGUCUGACUCUAUUCUUUUGAAGCUGAAGACAGGAUUGAAUGCUUCUGAAGAAUCCAGGGAGUUUCCAUCUGACCUUGUGUACUCCUUUGCUACGGAGUCAAUAAAACGUCUGCUACAGCAGAUUGUCUUCUGGCUUCCUCCACCAUCACAAGGAUCCGAUUUCUGCCAAACUGUCAUCUCUGAUGGUUCUCUGCAGGACACAAGUCAGCUUAUCCCGAGCUCUUCUGCCAUCUCCAUUAGUUCCUCACAGGUUUACUGUGACACAAAGAGCCUUUUCACCAAUAUAAUGGUCAAUCAGGUCAUGGAUACCUGUUCUGUGGCCUCCAGUUCAUCAGAAGAAUUAUCAGAGUUGAUGAACAUAAUCAAUGGGUUGUCCCCAACUGAUGCUGGAACACUUGACUCUGACAGACCGGCUCUCAUGACCACUAGCCGUCAGUCUAGUGCCAAAUCAUUGCCUAGAACCUCUCUGUCUGGCAGCAGCAGCACACACAACGGUGGAACUGUGGAUAUUCAAGUUUUAGGAGAGGUGGAAUCCAAGAUGGACAACAAAGAUCUGGAGAUGUGUAGUGUCUCUGUGUAUCCAUCAACUCCAUCAGCCAUGGACUCUGAUACACAUGCAUCAUUUGACUCCACUAGCAAUGACUACACCUCUUUGGUACUUUUACUGAUUGUUAGAUUGCUGUCAAUGAUCACCCCUAUCACAUUACUGGAAUCCUCUGACAUUGGUGAAACAUCAAGAGUUCUCACAAAGAGGAUUCUGUCUGAGUUCUGUGGCACCUCAGGCCUUGAACCAACUCAAGCCUACCCCCAGAAUCUGAAAAUCAAAAAGAUUUUCAAGGCUGUCUACAAGGGGCUUCUUCAAGAAUUUGGGUCAGAGAAGAUGCUCCAGGUUGCAAUGAAGUCAACGGAUUAUGCAUUUGACGAUGCCCUGGUCAAAUCAUUAACUAGGGAACUACUAACUAAAUGCAAUGAGGCUAGCUCUUCACCUCCCUCCAUGACCCAGUUGUCAUCACACAAUGCACUUGGCAGUGACGAGGUAGGUAAUUCUGGGCUUCCAACAACUGGUAGAAAGGAAAAGAAGAGAGGAAGAUUCAGCUCUCUCUGUGGACUCAACCCAAAGUGUACAAAGAAGGUCAACAAGAAGAACCACUGCAUUCCAACACCUUCCCAGAACCAGACCCCUGCCGUCAGUGAAACAGAUUAUGCCUGCCCACCCCAUAACCCUACAGCCAACACGACGCCAUAUACUUGGUCUGUGGUUGUGAGGCCGGUUGGACAUACUGCCAAAUUCUCUAAAACGGCAUUGAAGGCGGCUUAUGCAAUUGUCAAAGAUCAAGAAUCCUGCCAAACAGAGAGUGUAUGCUCCACCAAGAAGAAACCAAGGAAGCGUUCGCUCAUUUCCAGGAUGUUUUCAGCUAUAGGCAAAGCCUUUUCCAGUCCCUUUACUUCCUGCUAUAAAAAGAAGAGCACCUAAUCUAUAUUUCAAAAUAAAUAUUUGAAAUUAACAUAAUUGCAUUAAUUCUUCAUGUUGAGUGUUU